UAGCUCGCAUAACUCCUCCCUGUAACAGUCUGGCAGCACUGGCUACGACACAACAACAAUAUACCCAGACGUAAACAUUAGAAUGCAAAAGUAACAUUUCCGAAAUGUUUAUGUUCCGGAACUGUGCGGUUCUGCUGGUGAUUGGCUCAGCCUGCUGCUUCAUCUUUGGCCUGUUCAACCUGCACGCGGAGGUGGAGCCAAAUGCCUGCCGAAUGACUUAUAUGUUCGGCGCACCCAUGUAUGCGAGGGUGCAAGUCGAGGGUGGAGACCAUUACCCCAAUUAUGGACUAUAUUAUUACUACGAAGGCGUAAAACAGCCACUGGACCCUCUGAAAAGUCGGAUGACGGGUGCGCCGGUUAUUUUUGUGCCCGGAAAUGCCGGCUCCUACAAGCAAGUGCGUUCCUUGGGUUCUGUGGCUCUGCGUAAGGGACGGGACAACGAUGCAGGCAUCCACCUGGACUACUACACCAUCGACUACGACGAGGAGCUGUCCGCCCUGUACGGCGGCUACCUCCCACGCCAGCAGAACUUCCUCAAGCUCUGUAUUCGCACGAUUCUGUCGAUCUACGAGGGACGUGCGGAUAAGCCGAGCAUCGUACUGAUUGGACACUCCAUGGGCGGCAAGCUUGCCCAGUCAGUGCUUACCGAUCCGGAGAUUGGCCAGCACAUAAACACAAUCAUCAGCAUCUCCACGCCGCUAGAUCAGCCAGUGCUGAAUCUAGACUCGGAAUUGGAGGCCUUCUACUGGCAAACGGACACGGCGCUGGAUAAGGUGCGUACCGCCACCGUGCCCACAAGCACCACCAAUGUGUGCGAUAGCCUGCACCAGAAGCCGCCAAGCGUCCAGCGAAUGGCCAACCAGGAGAGCUCGGCGCGACUGGACAACGUGCUGCUGAUUUCCACUGGCGGUGGCAACAGGGAUCUUCUGGUUCGUCCUGGCCUGACAAGCUCCCGCUUCAACGAUCUGCAUGCCAUGACCUCGGCCAUUCCGCGCGUAAGUCUCAGCUGUGAUCACCUGUCCGCCGUGUGGUGCCUGCAGUUCAUGCAGGCCAUCAACCGCUUCCUCUUCCGCAUGGCUCACCUGCGCGAUGAUCGCUCCUCGGUGGUUUUUGGCACCAACAAGCAGCGCAAUCUGCAGUCGGCCCUGCACAGCUUUGUGAAACCACGCAGGCGCCAGCAAAGCUAUAGCCGGCUGGGCUUCAAUAGCGGUAGUUGGCACGAGGAGCGCCGCCUAGUCAUCAACAAGUACUUUGCCAAUGGCCUUAAGGGCACCUACUUGGAGCUAAUUAGCCUGCACCGUCAGGAGCGCUACAAAAAGAUGGCCAUAGAGGCCCUCAACGUGGAUGAUGCCGACUGGCUCUUUGGCUGCUCGGCGGAGAAACACGAUGGGACGGGCCACCUCUACUGCGAUAAAGUCACCUCACUGAUGCAUCUCGUCCAACGACUGCCCAACGAAGACCGGGAUCCGCGAAGCGUGGCUAUUCUGGAUUUGCACAAUCUACGUCGGACCUACCUGGAGUGGACGCAUGUGGUGGUCCGACUGCCGCCUGGCAAUCGUCGCAUUGGAUACAACCUAGACAUCUAUGAUCCAAAGGAUCGUAUAAUGGACAUAAAGAUGCCCCGCUGGUACACAAUGGCAAAGUUGCCCUUGGUGAACGAGACGCUGCAGGGCACACUACACCUCCGACUGCGUAUCUCCGGGCUGCUGGAUCCGUAUCAGAGUCUACGGAUAAACGUGGAGCCAUUGCAGUGCCUACAGCCGGAGUACCGUGUCACGGCUCGGCUGUGUGUCCCUUGGGCUGCCGGAUUCGAGCGAUUCCAGAUACUCAAGUCUGCCGAUCAGAAGCCGCAGCUCUUCGCUAAUGUGCCCACCCUGGUGCCGAGGCAUUACAAUACCACGCUGAAUCCCGUAACCCUCGACCUGUAUCUGGACCCCAUUUGUCGGUAUCGCAUUAGCUAUGAGUACUCCUAUACCUCGGCCUUAUCUCGUCUGGUGCUGGAGUUCUAUGGCUGGCUUCCGGCUCACUUUGCCUGCGUGCUGCUUAUUGUGCUGCGCAAGCAGGUGGAGACCUUCCACGAGGUGGGCACCUUCCGGAGCCUACGUCCCUACGUUGGGUACUUGCAGUAUACUUCCCUCUUCGUAGUCACAGCCUGCCGCCUGCUGAAAAAGCUUAUCCUCACCAGCGGCUUCUUGCCAGAGCCUGAGCCUCUAGACUACAGCAUCAAUGUGUCCAUCAUCAUCCACUGUGCCGCGAUAGCCCUGUCGCUGAUAGCCACCCUGGCCACUUGGCUGGCCCUGACGCUCUACGGGAACGCCUUCUACCGACUGGCCCUGCGCCUCACCACCCUUUCCCAGACCACCUCCAAUGUGAUCGUCUCGAUUGUCACCCACUUGCCCAUCACGUACGGCGUCCUGACAAUCGCUACAGCCAUGGGAACCUGCAGCGGAGUGGGUCUGCUCCUGGCAUUCAUCUUCUACUUCCUGAUGCUGUCGAAUGCCUACAAGGAUUACCUGGAGGACUUCUUGUGGCAGAAGGCGGCCAACCUGGUGAAGGGUAAACUCAAACCCUCAGCUCCAGUUAAGGCUGUUAAGCCAGAAGACGCUUCCAGUGAGGAGGAGGAGGGCCAAGAGGAUAAGAACCUGAUUGCGGCCAAUGAAGAUGAAGCGGAGGAGGAGGAACCGGAGCCAUGUGUCGGCCUGCAGAACUUCUCCUUCCAUGUCACCCUGCUGCUGAUGCUGCUCAUACAGCUCCUACUGAAUGCUCCGACUACCUUGGCCUGGCUGCGCAGUCGACAUCAUGGAAUUGUUCUGCCCGAUCCGGGCUUGUAUCCCAGUAUUGUGGUCUUGGCUUCCCUUAGCCUGCUCCUCCAGCUGCGAGCACCACAGAAAUGUGCCGGCUACUGGGUGCUGUCCAUUGUCUUCUACUUCCUCGCCGGCGUGGUUCUACUGUACUGUCAGGCGGCCGUCUACCGGAUCAACUUUGUCUUUGCAGGAGCCUUUGCCCUGCUGGCCGCCCACCAAACUCUCUGGAUGUUGAUACGCCGCCUGUCCUAAGAGCCUUCUUUCACCUUCUUGGAUUUGUUUGUUUAUUUCUGUAUUAGUUGAUGUUUGUUUAGACCGAGUGUGGGCAUUGCGUAAGUGAUCUUAAUCGGUCCUAGCGGGAAGUCCAAACGACGACGGAGCCGGACUAGGCGUAGUCGCUGUGGCGCAUUACAUAGUAAAUUGUUUUUACGCCUGCCGCCGGCUAUUUUGGACAUCCCUGGACUGCUAUAGCCAUCGGGUGGCUGCGGCACGUCAAUCUCCAUUUGGGGGCAAUGUGUGAAAAUGUCCAUAAAUGUCAGCCACUGUCGGUUCGUUACACUCUAUGCCCCAGACUCGGUACUUUCUUUUAGCCAAAGACAUAAUCGUAGAAGUUUUCAGUGUAGGCUUUCUAGAUUAGCAUAUUUUUGUAUUCCCAUUAACUUAAGUCACCACUGAUUGUAUAUUUUGUAAAAUAUUUGUUAUCAUUGUUUACACUUUACUAACUGAUUUUAUUUUUUGUCCAAGUCAUGCGGUAGUACUGCCUCCCUGUGAAAUAGCAUAUAGCCUUAAACGAACCCAACUGCCACUAGUAACAAUCAGUACUUCUUUGUUUUGGAUAGUCCUUUUGACUUUUGACUAGUCCUAACCACUUUUUUUUAUAUACUUUUUUACCUUGCGUAUAGAAAUAAAGCAAUAAAAUAUCCCCGA